AUGUCGUCGUUGGGAACGUCCAAGGGGAUCCUGGAGAUCACCAAGUUCGGGGUGUACGUCGCCGUCCCCGUUACCCUCACCUACCUCGUCGCCACUGACUCCAAGGCCAUCAAGAAGCUCAUGGGCCUCCGUCCUUAUGUGGUUUACCCACCAGAAGGCCCACGACCACCACCGCCCGAAGAACUUCGUGAAAGGGCUCGGGAGAUAGCUCGCAGCAGAAGACAAGAAUAAACAGGUGGACCAUGGUUGCUCCAUAUAGUUUGUACUCGGAUCAUCUUUCUGCAUGAUACUACGAUCCGCCCAAAAGAUUCAUGAAACUGGGACACAAAAACUUCGACUAUCAAACAUGCUGUCAUGGGUGUAUGGUUGUCAAUGAACAUGAUUUCU